AUGAAUCCGCUACUCGGGCCCAACCUCUUCCUCCUGCCGCCCGAGCGCGGCCUGCCGGGGCCGCCGGGGGAGCCGGGCGCCGCCGAGCUGCCCGCCGCCGCCGCGGGCCCCGGCCCGGCGCCCCCCGCCGCCAUGGCGCUGCGCAACGACCUGGGCUCCAACAUCAACGUGCUCAAGACGCUGAACCUGCGCUUCCGCUGCUUCCUGGCCAAGGUGCACGAGCUGGAGCGGCGCAACCGGCUGCUGGAGAAGCGGCUGCAGCAGGCGCUGCAGGCCGGGCCCGCGCGGCGGGGCGGCCGGCGCGACCAGGCGGUGCAGGCGGGGCCGCCCGCCGCCCCGGCCCCGGCCCCGGCCCCGGCCCCGGCCCCGCCGCGCCUGCUGCCCGGCACCAUCUGGUCCUUCUCGCAGCCCCGCCGCCUCGGCCCGGGCCUGGAGCCCGCGCUGGUGCAGGGCCCCGGGCUGGCGUGGGAGCACCCCGACGGGGUGGGCGUGCAGAUCGACACCAUCACCCCCGAGAUCCGCGCGCUCUACAACGUGCUGGCCAAGGUGAAGCGCGAGCGCGACGAGUACAAGCGCAGGUGGGAAGAGGAGUACACGGUGCGGGUCCAGCUGCAGGAGCGCGUGAACGAGCUGCAGGAGGAAGCCCAGGAGGCCGACGCGUGCCAGGAAGAGCUGGCCAUGAAGGUGGAGCAGUUAAAAGCUGAGUUGGUGAUCUUCAAGGGACUCAUGAGUAAUAACCUGAGCGAGCUGGACACCAAGAUCCAGGAGAAGGCCAUGAAGGUGGACAUGGACAUCUGCCGCCGCAUCGACAUCACUGCCAAGCUCUGCGACCUGGCGCAGCAGCGCAACUGCACCGACGUGACCCACAUGCUGCAGGUGCCGGCGGGGCGGCGGCGGGAGCGGCGGGCGGAGGACGCUGGACCUGAGAGCGCGGGGCCCACGGCCGAGGCGGAGGAGGACGGCGCGGGGCUGGGCAUCGCCGAGGAGAUGCAGCGCAUGCUCAGCCAGCUGCGGGAGCUGGACGCAGACGACGACUGCGACAGCCUGAGCUGGGAGGAGACGGAGGAGACGCUGCUGCUGUGGGACGACUUCUCGGGAUACGCCAUGGCGGCCGCCGAGGCCCAGGGGGAGCCGCAGGAGGACAGCCUGGAGAAGGUGAUCACCGACACCGAGUCGCUCUUCAAAUCCCGCGAGAAGGAGUACCAGGAGACCAUCGACCAGAUCGAGGUGCCGCACCCCAACUCCCACGGGCCAGACCGAGACCGAGGCGCCCCCACACCAGACCAGACCGAGAUGCCCCCCCCACCAGACCGAGAUGCCCCCCCCCCACCAGACCGAGAUGCCCCCCCCACACCAGACCGAGAUGCCCCCCUCCUCCGUGGCCUCCCCCUGGUCCAGGCAGCGCCGCUGGGGGAGCAGGCGG